AUGCUUCGUAUAAAGUUCAGUCAUGUGGUACUACUAGGUCUCAACUGUAUAUUAGCUCUACUAUUCUUGUCCCAGUUCAGUGUGAAACCUGUUUUCAAUGCCAUAAGAGAGGUAAGUUGAUAUGAUAGGUUGUUCAAAUAAUUCUGUUCCCCUAAUUCCAAAAAUUUAUUUUGAAAGGCGGCGCAGAAUUGUUUGAACAACCAAAUACUACAGUUUUGUUAAAGGUACUAUUAAAGCUACUAAUGUAAUAUUUAACCCCCUUAAAGAUAGCACUAUUAUUAAUAUAAACAUCCUCAAAUCAACCAUUGAUAUACCAAGUAGACCAAACCAUUACUUUCAGCAAUCAAAUGACUUGUUAAUGAACUUCAACCAAGAAAAUUAUCAAAAUAAGGCAGAAAUAGAAUCCCAGAAUCCUCAAAGUCAUCAAGUCAAUCCAGCAAUCUCACAAAACUACAAUAAUUUAGGUAACAAUGUAAAACAAGAAGGUCAUAAAGAACAACAGGACAACCCGGAAAAGCUCCAAGGAUCUGAAAUUCAACCAGCAAACCAAAUAAACCACAAAGAAGACCUUGGUCGAGUUCAACAUCAACAAAAAGCUGACCUAAAUACACUAGUUCACCACCUUUCCGAACAGUUCAAAGCUUAUCAGAACAGCAAGAACAAUAGCAUAUCAGCGAAAAAGCCUUCAGAUAUUGUAAUACCCGUCCAUUUACCUAACCAAUCUCAACCACUCAGUGCUCUAACUCAACCAAAAAUAGCCAAUCUACCAAAUCAACCAGUCGAUAUUCCAAAGCAAGAGAAAACAUCAGCAGGCUUUGACAAAAAUAAAAGAACAUUGAAGUCACAUAACUACAAAGGAGGAUAUUGUGUUAUGUUCGACCACUGGAAGGCUGACCCCAAGUACAACCAGUCGAUUACCUAUGUUAUCCAUGCUUCAAUGCCUUUUAUGCAUUACAUUGAACCAUUGGCUGAGGUCUGGGAUGGGCCCAUCUCGGUUGGAGUAUAUGUACCAGCACCGGAUUUUCAGUACGAAGCUGGUGCAGCACAGAACUAUGGUUUUAUGGUUGGUUUUUAAUAUUGAAAAAAUUAUUUGUUACCUAAAAUUAUAAAAAAAAUAGUUUUUGUUACCUAAAAUAUCAAAAAACUCAUUUUUAUUACCUAAAAUAUCAAAUAAUUUAUUUUUGUUACCUAAAAUUAUUAAAAAAUAGUUUUUGUUACCUAUAAUAUCAGAAAACUAAUGUUUGUUACCUAAAAAACAAAACCCUCGAUUCCAGGAAUCCCUAGCCAAACUAGAAACCUUUAAAGCAGCCAAAGCCUCAGGCAAAGUUUCAAUUCAUCUAUUAUUCGACGAACCAGAACGAGGCUGCGAAUACUUUGUUUACAACGAAAGUCAAUUAACUACUGAUUAUGAAUACCUCAAACACAUGUACGAUCACGCUAGCCAUAUCCCCAACUAUCCCUGUCAACAAUUGAGAAACCUGGCCAGAAUUGCCAUGAAGACGAGGUUAUUUGUGGCUUCGGACAUUGAAAACAUUCCUAAUGAGAGAUACGUUGAGAGAAUGUUACCUCUGGCUCAGAAGUUGUUGAUUGAGUAAGUUAUAGAAGGUAAAGUAGCUCAAUAUACCCAUGAAUAAGUUUUUAAAAGAGUUUUUGAUAUAAAGAUAACUUUGCCAUAACUAAAACACCAAAAUACAGAUAAACAACUUACGUUAUAGAGAAGCAAGACCGAUGGUUCUAGUUCAUCGACGAUUUGAAGUGUCCGAAGUUGUUCCUUUGCCAAAAACCAAAACUGAACUGAAGGUACGUUUAAUUCAGUACCUGAAAAACAUAAUUUACCGCUAUUUCAUACCUAAUUUUAUCAACUUUUAGCCUAUAAUCACUGCAAAAGUCCUAAAAUCGACCUUCCUCAAUAUUAUCCUUCCCUUUUUUGUUAAAAAAUAAUGAAAAAUACCAUCUUGGAUCUACUAUAAGAUAGAAAAUAAUAUAGAUAAAUAGGUAAAAUAAAAGAUAAAGAACUUACUGAUCAUCUUCCAGGCCUUAUACGACCAACAAAAAGCCGUCGAAUUUCACAAAAUAUUCUACGCUGCAGGCCAUAGUAUACCAUACCUGGACGAGUGGUUUAAUGUACCUGAAGAUCCAAAAAAAGCAUCUGUGUUUAAAGUAAGUUAACUUUUUUACUUUUACCAAUGUUGUUUUACUACAACUUUUCUAAUAUUUUUACUUUUUUUGUUGUAUUUCAAGUUUUCGUUGUGGGACCCGACUGAGGACAAAGUUUUCGAGCAGUGAGUUGAAUAAGAAGCCAAAAAAGGGUGGAAAUAGUAUAAUGGUAACCAGAUUUAUAUCUUUUUUCUAUAUGUUUACACUUUCAUUUUUCAAAUUUUUAUUUCCAGACAGUACCAUACACAAACGGUCAAUGGGAACCUCAAUUCGUGGCCGAUUCUUACAGUAUUCCAUUGCACGACGAAACGUUUCCAUACCCUCAUCGUGGACAUACUGAACUUGGUUAUGAAGUUUGUAGAGCUGGGUUUGAGUUUGCGGUUGUAAACGACAUGUUUACUAUGCAUAAAGGCAUCAAAACGAAAGCUUCGAAAGGAGAAACUCAAGGAGUUGAAGAAGCUAGGAAUAAUUACAAUACUGUAAGUUAUUUUACUGGAGAUUUCGUAUUGUUUUUGGUAUUUUUAGCUCUAGGCGGGUGUAUAAUAAAUAUAAACUAAGGUAGAGCAGGAUAAGGAAGGUACAGUAGGGUAAGUUAGGGCAGGAUAAUUUAGAGUAGGGUAGAGUUGGGUAUGGUAAAGUAUGGUAGGGUAGGGCAGGUACAUAAACAUUCUAAACCCGAAAUGGUUUUAGGUAGUGUAUAACUACAAAAAGCGAAUAGACUAUACUUACUGGCAAACUCGAGGCAAAUGUGGUACCUUUAGGCCGUAG